AGGAUGAAGAAGAAGAAGAAGAGAAGGAAAGAGAAGAAGAUGAGGAUGAAGAAGAAGAAGAUGAUGAAAAGAGAAGAAGAAGAAGAAGAAGAAGAGGAUGAGAAAAGAGGAGUGUAUCUGCAGAGAGCUCCGCUAUUUCUGACAGUUCUCUGACAGUUCCUUCACAUUUACAGCGGUUGAAACAUUGUAUCUAUUUGUUUCCGAAUAAAAACAUCUGUAUCCUAAAUGGAAACAAAUAGAUACAAUGUUUCAACCGCUGUAAAUGUGAAGGAACUGUCAGAGAACUGUCAGAAAUAGCGGAGCUCUCUGCAGGGACACUUUUUGCCGGCUGUAGAAGGGAUGAAAAUCGGCCGAUCAGGGAAAAUUCGAUUCG